AUGAAUAUAAACGUCACUAUCAGCCUGUUUCUCCUUGCAGCCGUCGCAGGCUUGUCCAACGGAUGCUGCCCUGAGAGGUUCAUGCAAGUCGGUGACUGGUGCUAUUAUUACAACUCCGACAAGGUGGAUUGGCACGAUGCAGAUGAUGCAUGCACCCUUCUUGGGGCGAAUUUAGUCAGCAUCCACAGCUCGGAUGAGAGUGCAGAAAUCUAUACCUUAUGGAAGAGUCUCGUCGAUGAGGGUCGCGCUGACGAUUCAGACAAGGCCUAUUGGAUUGGACUACAUGACCAACAAAACGAAGGCACCUUUAUAUGGAGUGAUGGGACCACGAAGAAUUACGAAAAGUGGCAAGACGACGAACCUAAUGACCACAAGGGAGAAGAUUGUGUGGCUCUCCAUAACGAAGGUAGCAAUGACUAUGACAGGCAGGAGUGGAACGACUGCGACUGCGGAGACAAGAAACCCUACUUCUGCCGCAGAUCUGCAACCAAUUAAAUCACUACCAAAAAUUCCCUAUAGACAUAUC